GGAUUUCAUGUAUGAUGUUUAGUCUCGUAGCGUAUUCAGCGCAGGCGUUUACAAUAAAAAAAAAUACCCGUUUACAAAAAAAAAUGAAGUUUCAAUGUUCUUUAUAAAUUUGAUGUACAAAUGACGAUGAAUUUACACUGAGAUAGUUUGAAAAUGAAACUAAUCGACCAACGCUGUGCCACAACAAACCGGUCGACUCGCGCGGCUCGUGCUAAUCGCGUUCGCGUGACGGUCGUGUGUGUGCUUUUAAAACUGUUGAAGCUGCUGAAUUGUUAUGGCAUCGACUCAGGCAAAUGCCACGACGUUCAAGUAUUCUAUCCACGACGCUGCUUUCGGACAUGCCCAGACAGGAUUUGUUUGGGGCACCGGAAAUUCACUCCUUGUAUUUCCUCAAACCCAGGCCGAUCCUUUGGGAGGAGAUCAGAGGAGUGGCAGGAGGGCAGGCCAACUUCACGACGUGCGGUGGAACAGCUCACUCGACUUACCCGUCACACGGCGACUCGUCAACGAAUCGUGCGGAGUCUUCCUGGAGCUUCAGAAGAUUGUGUCUGAAAGCAAGGGAGAGGCAGCCCAUCCACAGCUGGUCAAGAUCAGCCGCAGUUACCGCGCAAUCCUGAGCGUCUGCUGGCAGAGUUGCCUCGAGGAGUUGGACGCCACAGAUGAAGAUCGUCGUGCCGAGAACCAGGCAAAGAGAGAAGUUCUGCAGUACAUUGAACUUAUCUGGCAUCUCUGUGAGAUCCUCUUCUUGGACGAACAACCAGGCACGGCGUUCCUGACCCAGCUACAGCGCUGGGCCCAAAGCCACGUGCCAGAGUCCCUCUCCACACAGAUGAAGGAAAUGUGGGAGGAGGAGAGCCCUCACCUGUCGCCUCACUACUGGGACGUGGUGUACACGCUGCUGUGCCGCGGGAGCCUGGACGAAGCCCGCAAGCUCCUGAAAAGUCACCCCCAGUCGGGUCGGGAGGACUUCGUCUCCUUGGACGAGCUGUUGCAGGUGGCGCCACAGGGGUCUCAGGAGAUGCCGUCACGACAGCUGGACGUCUGGUGGCAGUCGUGGCAGGCUGACUGUGCAAGGCGCCUGAUGGAUGGAGAGUUCUCGCUGUUGCCCGAGCUCGAGACCGCCUGCAAGAUCCUCAUGGGCGACGAGGACACUCUUUAUGAACUAAGGAAGCUUGGGGAGACCUGGUACAAUUAUCUGGUGACGAAGGUGACUUACACUCGUCCAACGAUUGGACGUCAGCUGUUGGCCGAGUUGGCAGAGGAGUGCCUGUCUGCGUUUGGAGAGGGAGAGCCCACUGCGCUACUGGACGACAUCCUUCUGGCCGCCUUUCGGUUAGACCUGCAGCAGGUGCUCAGGGAAGCCAGCGCUUGCCUGGAUGACUGGUGGUUCUCGGCACACCUGGCAGACCUCCUAUUCCAUGCCGGCCAGAUGGAAGCCAGCAACGUGAAGUAUUGCAAUGUGUUGAGGGAGUACCUGCUCCUGGAGUAUGCCUCUUAUCUGAUGUCGCACGGAAGUCUCUGGCAAGUUGGUGUGGAUUACCUGGACCACUGUCCUCAGCAAGGAAGGGAGUUCCUGGAGGCUUACCUGGAGCGCGUCCCUCUGGGCACCCAGUCAAAAGCACUCAAGGUGGUCGAGAUCCUCGAGCGCAGGGACAUGUGGCCCGUCGCCCAAGGGAUCUGUCAAAGCAUGGCUGUUCAGCUGCAGAAAAAGGGCCAGCUAGGAGCUGCACUUACCUGGGUCAUCCGUUGCAAGAACCCGACAUUGACGUCAAGGCUGGCAGACAAGUUCCUGCUGCAGUACAGCAUGGACCGGGAGCCCUCGUGCCUGGAUCUGCUGGAGAACCUCGGGGAGGAGAUGCUGCUGAGCGAUCGGCUGACAUUCCUGGCCAAGUACCGGGAGUUCCUCGGAGAGCGGGACGCGGCCAAGGCCGCACGCCUGCUCACCACCCUGGUGGAAUCCCAGCUGGCACCCCACUUUUUCUGGCCCGUGCUGCUGCGCGAUGCCCUGCACACCCUGGGGAAGAGCUCGGACCUGUCCCUGGAGAGUGGCCAGGUGCAGCAGCUUCUCGGCUGCCUCGAGACCAUGUCGGCAAUGCAGCUGGGUCGGAGCUCCAAGGAGCUGCCCUGCUCCUGGCAGACUUGGAGCAAGAAGGAAGAGGACCAACUUCGGCAACUGCUGACACAGCACCUUGCCUGUGCCGUGAUCAGGGAAGGGGGCGUGUCCUGCACCAGCCCGCAAAAGCUGUCCAGGCCAAUGCAACGUGUGUCGUGAAACUGAGCAGCUUGCCCCCUUCGCUUUUUCCUCCCACGUUGCAUUCACCAUUAUUCCCAUUUGCUACUAAAGACCAUGUUGAAAACUUG